GUCUGACCUGUGAGCGGCGCUGUGAGCUAGAGUCGCUGUUGAAAAGGAAAGAGCGGCUACUCUUUGAUUGGAGGAAGUACAAUAACAAAGAAAGAUGGCUGAAGUGGUGGAGCUGCAGAAACUGAAGCUUGCUGAACUGAGGCAAGAGUGUGAAGCCAGAGGUCUGGAAACCAAAGGAAAUAAAGGGGAGCUGAUAGCCAGACUGCAGGCCUACCUGGAUGAACAUGAGGAAGAUGUUGAUGUUGAUGAUGUGUUGGCCGAGGAUACUGAGGACUUCACUAAAGAGGCUGCUGACAACAUAAAGGUUGACAAGGAUCCUGAACCUGUGGAGUGUGAGAAAACUGAAGAAAAGACAGUGGUGAAAAUAGCUCCUUCAUCAUCCGCCAGUGACCAGAGACUGCAGAAAAGAGCUGAACGUUUCAGCGUGCCUGCGACUUCAGAAAGCAAAAAGGCCAUACGUGCAGCCAGGUUUGGUUUACCCACAGACAAUGCCAGUCCUGCUCCAGGUCUUGUUGCCAACAGUAAAGCUCCUGUGAAUAUGGAUCAGCUGAAGAAGAGAGCAGAAAGAUUUGGCAUGAAUGUUUCAUCCAUUUCAAAAAAGGUGGAGGAGGAUGAGAGGCUGAAAAAGAGGAAGGAGAGGUUUGGGAUCAUGACAAGCGCAGGCUCACAGGUUGCAGUUGAUGUUGAGGCAAAGAAAGUGAAGCGUGCCGAAAGAUUUGGAAAAGUGUAAAUAGUGUUUUGGAGUAAAUCUUUUUUGUAAAGUCUUUCCAUGACUGUUCAAGAGAGACGUAAAAUAACACCAAUAAGAUUUCCAUAAAUCAGCUGUGCAGUUAAAUACAUUAGGUUCUAAUUCACUCAUGUCAGUGGUUAGUAUUUAUUCAGUCACCUCAGUCAUCAUUGGAACAAGGUUUUUACUAUUCUUUUUGACGGUUGUUUUAUUUACUCCUAUGUUAUCAUAAUUUUCCCCUCCAUUGGACUAGAAUAAUAGCCUCUAAAGUUCCAGCAUACAGUUAUCUAAUAAAUCUCAGCCAUUUCAGCAGCACUCAAGUGCAGUCCUUCUCUCCUAACAAAUAAAAGCAGCUACUUCAGAGUAAAAACCUCUGUUAUUUUGAAGUAUUAUCUCACCUUUAAAUUAAAUGAAGGGAAUGAUGUUUCUGAUUUAUAUCUGUGGUCCCAGUAACCAUUGUCCGAGUUAGGAGUUUACGUGAUUUAACAAAUUAAAACUAAAUAUGCAAUUGUAGCAUCCGCUAUAUGAUAAAAAUCACUUCUCAUGUCUUCUUUAUUCUCCAACUACUCAACCAUACAUACAUAUACCACAGCUUAAUAUCCAGUUCACUGUUGUGGUAAAACUCUUGUAUUUAACUGUACUAUGGAUUUUAUCUGAUAACCUGCUUGGUUUUGUUUGUUUUUUAUUUGAGGUUACUGUUGGUAAACUGCUCUGGAUAUCUGUCAAUUUUCUAAUUGAAUGUGAUUUGAAAUAAAUGGCUCUGAUUUUUCCACA